GAAAGGCGUAACUCGUGACUUGUCGGUCUCCCUAGGACAGUAAGAUAUGGCGCCCAUGGAAGUUACCAACCAGAAUGUGGUUACCAGAGUCGUAAACCUACCUUUGGUGAGCUCAACAUAUGACAUGGUUACAAACGCGUACUGUAACACGAAAGACAGCUAUCCAUACAUCAAGUCUGUGUGUGAAGUUGCUGAGGUUGGCGUGAGAACCAUCACCGCAGCGGCUCUCAGCACAGCUAUGCCUCUCAUUGGCAAACUGGAACCUCAAAUUUCCCUGGCAAAUGACUUGGCAUGCAAAGGUCUGGAUAAGAUCGAGAAGACCCUGCCCAUCUUACACCAGCCUUCAGGGCAGAUCAUGACCAAUGCGAAAGAGGCUGUGACUGGAGCCAAGGAGGCGGUGACCGGAACCGUGAACGGUGCCAAGGACUCGGUGUCCAACACGUUGAACGGGGUGAUGGACAGGACCAGAUGUGCAGUACAGGACCGUGUGGAGAUGACAAGAACAAUGGUCAGUGGAGGGGUCAACACUGUAAUGGAGAGCAGAGUGGGCAAGUUGGUGAGCAGCGGACUGGACACGGUACUUAGCACCUCGGAGAACCUGGUGGACCAGUACUUGCCUGGAACAGAGGCAGAACAAGAAAAUGAGAUUAAAAUGACCAAAGGAUUUGACGAUCACUCCGACACACCCAGCUACUACGUACGACUGGGCUCCCUCUCCAGCAAGCUGCGCCAAAGGGCCUAUCACAGAGCUGUUGCUAAGGUGCGUGAUGCUAAGCAACGAAGCCAGGAGUCCAUCUCUCAGCUAAACCACACAAUGGAUCUGAUUGAAUAUGCCAGAAAAAACCUAGAUGGUGCCAACCAAAAGCUAACCGACAAACUGAACUCACUGCUGGAACGGAAAUCUAAGUCUCAGAAAAAUGCUGAGAACGAGAGUGCUGGGGACCAUGAAGCAGAGCAUAUCGAGUCUCGGACCCUGGCCAUUGCUCAGGGUCUGACCCAGCAACUUCAGACAACUUGUCUGGAGCUGGUGUCCAGUCUGCAAGGUCUACCAAAGCACGUUCAAGACCAAGCCAUGUCCGUCAGUCAGUCUGCCAUGGAAGUAUACUCCAACUUCAACAAAGCCACAGCCUUUAACGACCUGUCCGACACCGUUCUGACCACUAGCCGGGCACAGCUGGGACGCAUGAAAGACUCUAUGGACAACGUCAUGGACUAUCUGGUCAACAACACGCCGCUCAACUGGCUGGUAGGUCCGUUUUACCCACGCAUGGAACCGACCUCAUCCGGCCAAAGCUCACGAUCUAACACACAGACCACGCCUGCAUCCGAAGUGGAGAUGGAGCCAGUGGACAAUGACCAAUAGUUCACUAACAGUGAAACUUUGGAAUAAAGCAAGAACCUCUUUUUUUUGUUUGUUUUGUUUUUUAGCCUUAUUUAGAUAACGGUGAUUAUAACAACAUUAACAUUCCAGAACUUCCUGUCCUGUUUAGUCUUAACCUCUGCAUUUUGCAAAUGAGGAUCAAAUCACUGUUAAGCCUUAAAGUAAAAAGUCAUGCAGUUUGUGCUGUCAUAGAAGAGGAUGAAUUGGACUAAUAUGUCUGAUUUUUCAGUGACCAGUGCCAUAAUUCCUAAGUGCCUGCUACAUGCUGUUUAAUGUUUUGACUUUCUUGUGCCUUUUUACAUUUCUAAUAAAUGAUUUAACAUAUAA